UUUCCAAAGGGAUCUGAGAGAUCCUCGUCCUAUACCUCAAGCAUUCUCAGUUGAACCCAGACAAGCUCGUAUCGAUCCCAGGCAGAAACCAUCAGCUAUGCCUCCUGUUCAGUUGCAACCACAACCUGUAAGACCUCCAUUACAGCCUCAAACAACUGGACCUGUACCUCUUCGUCCCCCAGUACCCCAGACUAUGGCUAACCCUGUCCCAGCUACUGUCAGUCCUGGAAUCGGCCCAGCUGGUGCAUCCGAUCAAGAGAAGGCUGCUCUCAUCAUGCAAGUGUUGCAGUUAUCAGAUGAACAGAUAGCUAUGUUACCUCCAGAACAGAGGAACAGUAUUUUGGUCCUGAAGGAACAAAUCGCCAAGAGUGCACAUCGUUGAGUUUUCAAAAUCGCAGUAUGUUUAGAUUGUAUAUCUAUUCAAAUAAAGAUAAAGUAAUUGA